GAAGCCGGGAGGAGACAGAGCGCUCGAGCUCCGCGGCGCUCGGCCCGCAGUCCUCUGACCGCGCGGAGCAGAGCCAGGUGGCGCCGCCCGAGCCGGGAGCCGCGACCCUCCCCGGCCUCCUUUGUCUGGGAGCGUGCGGCCUGGAAGCGCGGCUCUCGGGGGCCGGGCCCGCGGCCACAGCGCCCGGUGACAGCUCUUCCCUCCCGGAGGGCUCCGGGACAGAGGGGCGGUGGGGCCGGGCCCUGCUCGCCCGCGCCUGCACGCCCGAGCGCGCGCCCCGAUGCCCCCGCAGCAGGGGGACCCCGCAUUCCCCGGCCGCUGCGAGGCGCCGCCCGUUCCGCCGCGCCGGGAGCGCGGGGCGCGCGGGGGGCGCGGGCCCGGGGCGCCGGGGGGCCGGGGGCGCGCGGGCGGUGGCGAGGGGCGCGGCGUCAAGUGCGUGCUUGUCGGCGACGGCGCGGUGGGCAAGACCAGCCUGGUGGUGAGCUACACCACCAACGGCUACCCCACCGAGUACAUCCCCACCGCCUUCGACAACUUCUCGGCUGUGGUGUCUGUGGACGGGCGGCCUGUGAGACUCCAGCUCUGUGACACGGCUGGACAGGAUGAGUUCGACAAACUCAGGCCUCUCUGCUACACCAACACGGACAUCUUUCUUCUGUGCUUCAGUGUGGUGAGCCCCUCCUCCUUCCAGAACGUCAGCGAGAAGUGGGUGCCAGAGAUUCGAUGCCACUGUCCCAAAGCCCCCAUCAUCCUCGUGGGGACUCAGUCGGAUCUCCGAGAAGAUGUCAAGGUCCUCAUCGAGCUGGACAAAUGCAAAGAGAAGCCGGUGCCCGAAGAGGCGGCCAAGCUGUGUGCCGAGGAAAUCAAAGCUGCCUCUUACAUCGAGUGUUCAGCCUUGACUCAGAAAAACCUCAAGGAGGUCUUUGACGCCGCCAUCGUCGCAGGCAUCCAGUACUCGGACACUCAGCAGCAGCCAAAGAAGUCCAAAAGCAGGACUCCAGACAAAAUGAAAAACCUCUCCAAGUCUUGGUGGAAAAAGUACUGCUGUUUCGUAUGAUGCCAGCUGGGCGCCCGAUGGGUGGACUUAGACGGCUUCCGCGGUAGAAGCUAUAUUAGCUGAAGGACCCCCGUCAUUGUGGAGGAGCCGUAGAGACAACGUGCACACGCGCGUGUGUGUAUGCGUGUGUGUGUGUGUGUGUGCGCGCGCGUGUAUCAUAGCUGGAGCUCUCAAUUUAUGUCUUCUCUCUUGCCUUUGAUGUUCUUGUGUGUUUGAGCUUAGGGACGAGCUAAUCAUUAAUUACACAAGAUGUUUUUGAAGUCAGUGGAGCAUUUUUCGUAACUCUGGAAACGUAGAGCUCUAGACCUCUGCGUUAAUUUAUAUCUAAUUUGAAAAAGAUGCCUCAAAUCGGGGUGUCAAGAAUGAAAUCUUUUUUUUGCUACGUUAUAAUGGACCGAUGAACACAAGAAGAAAAUGGUGUGGUUAACCCUCGUCCCUUGACCAAGGGCUCCUUCCUGCAAGUGCGUUACGGCCCCCGGCCAGCUAUGGUGAAAAUCACUCUUAGCUCUGAGACUCCACACACUUUUAAAAAACUUUUUUAAGGAGCUAAAAUCUGAGGGGGAAUAAAAAAGAGAGACCUCUGCCUCCAAGACCUCAAACCAGUCACUUUUGUCAUAGGCGAAUUCCUGGUUGCUUCCGAUUGAAUAUCAACCAGCAGAGAACAUGCUACUGGACUCUGGCACUGGGUACACUGGAAAGAAAAAGUUGUUCAUUGGGAUUUUUCCUUCUUAGACCAGUCGUGUUAACAUCGUACAAACAUAGCCAACAUGCCUUGUGGAGUAAAGCAAGUGGUAGAAGCUCUUGUGUUUCCUGUGGGGAGUGACUCGUGUUGGGAUCAGAAUGUGAUAUUUGCUUGUUCGUAUGCGCGCACCAAACUGCCUGAAUCCCUGGUGGCUAGAACACCAGGGAACACCUAUCGGAAUUGUCUUAAAACUUCCAUACUGUUUAACUUAGCCCACCUGCAGGGACGUGGACAUGCUUGAAAGGCCUGCAGCAAGCGUUUGUAGGGAACAAGGUGUACUUUUUUCCCCUUAAGUCAGCUGAAAUGUAUACACACACACACACACACACACACACACACACACACACACGGCUGUAUUUGCUGCUGAUUCAGACUUUUAAACAGUUAAUGAAAAAAACCCAGCCACAAAAACAGAUGUGAGGGAAGCUCAGCUUCCUCUUUUUCUUACUUUUUUGAACAGCUCUCUUUCUGAUUGUAUCCCUCUCAGAUAUGAUUUUAAGUAUACCUUGACACAGUUUUGAGACCAUCUUAAAACACGAACAUCUCUUAAAAUCUGUUUUAAACCUGAAUGUCUCUUGAAACCUGUUAAAACCACCAGUUAAAGCCACAGAUGCCUUUGAGGGACCUGGCAGAGACCAGGGCUAGGAGUCAGAGGGCCCCCCGGGGGCGGGGGACCACAGCUCCCCCUUUUGGCUGCAUCCUUGCUGGGGGAUAGCCGGGAAACCAUGUACUUGUGAAACAUUUGUGUUCUUCAAGGUGCCAGUUUCUAGGGCUUCAUCUUUCGGAGAAAAAAAGUCCCCUAUCAGAAGAGUAGGUUUUUCUUUACUUUGUGACGGCUGUGAUUCUGAGAUGCCAAAAGGUAGCCUAACCCGUGACUUACAACGUCUGGUUGCGGUGGGUCAAGCAGAGUUACCAAAAUCAACUCGGCAACUAGGAAACUUCCGUAGAGCCGGUGGAUAGAAGAAGUCUUACCUUUCUGUGGGUCUUGUGUUGUCUUUUUUAUAUUUAAAAAAGCGAAUUUGUGUUUUCCUAUAGAAGAAGUAAAAGAUUGGGUUCGGGACUUCUUUGAUUUCUG